GUUUCUCAGACCUAUGUGUGAAGAGGCAGCUAUGAUGUUGAUGCUGCAAAGGCCUCCGUUCUGCCAACAUGUCAUACAGUUAUAUGACUGGUUCAUCACGGAGGAGCAGAAUGUCUUGAUAAUGGAAAAUCCCCAUCCCUGUGUGACCUUGCGUAAGUUCAUCAAAAAAAGCCCAGGUCAGCUGAGUGAAGAAAAGGCGAGACUCAUCAUGUGGCAAGUCGCCGUUGCUCUGCGUCACUGCUGGGAUCGUGGUAUUUUUCACCAAACCGAUCUGAGUAAUAUUCUCAUCAACACGGACACCCUGCAGUUGAAGAUAAUGGACUUUAGAUACGCAGAGCACAUCAUUAAAAAACGUCACGAAGAAGCUUAUUUAGAGGCGAGGCUCAGAGUGUCUGCUAAAUUGCAACCAGCUGAAAACCUAUACUUCGUGCUGGAUGCGCUCAUCAAAACCAUUAGACAUCCGUGCUGGAAAAAAGCACACCUGUCCAGAGAAUGCACAGAUCUUCUUGGGAAACUUGGGCAUGGAGGGCCAUCAGCGAUUGACACCUUAGAGAACAUCUUAGAUCAUGCCUGGUUUAGAGACCGCUCCACAGUGAAUGAAGCAGAAGGAAAGUGAAAAGAGA